GGGAGUGAGGGAGGGUGUCCAACACUGGUGUCUCCAACACUGCUGUCUCCACACCUUCACUUCUCCUUCAUUCUCCAACACUUGUCACUCUCCAACACUCAGCCGACACCUGUGUGGUGCUGGUGGAGACUGUCACCUGUAACGUCAGCACAGACAGAAACCUACCAUAAGCACAAUGUUCAUGUGCAGAGCAGUCGUUUGUGCAUUUUUGGUGUGUUUACUGGCACUGGGACAGUCUUCUGCCCACACACACCACUUGCAUAAUGCACAGAAGGAGCGAGAAGCUGAUGGAGCGAGGAGCCCGCGUGAUCACGGACACUAUGUCGAUGGCCAACAUAACACAGAGUUUGAUCAUGAGGCUAUUCUGGGAAGCACCAAAGAUGCUGAGGAGUACGAUCAGCUUCCAGCCAGUGAGUCCAAACGGAGACUAGAAAUUCUUCUCUUGAAAAUGGAUCGCAAUAAUGACAAACAAAUAGAACGCAAAGAAUUGCACUCUUGGAUUCUUCGAUCAUUCAGAAUGCUUUCUGAAGAAGAAAGUGCAGAGCGAAUGGAUGAAGUAGAUGAAGAUGAGGAUGGCUACGUCACAUGGUCAGAGUACAUUUCUGAAACGUACGGCAUCACCGAUCCUGAUGACCAGACCCUUCUUGAAAAAGAAGACCAAGCUGAAGAACAAAGACUGCUUCGAGAAGACAGACAGCUCUUCAAUGCAGCCGACAAGAAUAUUGACGGAAGACUCGAUGACCGGGAGUUUUUAGCAUUCACUCAUCCAGAAGAGCAUCCAGACAUGCUUCCUGUAGUUCUGCAGCAGACUCUUGAUGAGAAGGACACAAAUAAUGAUGGUGUUAUUGACUUCCAAGAAUUUGUUGGGGAUAAAGGGAAGGAGCAAGACCGUGAGUGGUUACUGACAGAGAAGGACAAGUUCGACCAUGAGCACGACAAGGAUGGUAAUGGCAUCCUGGAUCGCAAUGAAAUCCUGGCCUGGGUCGUCCCAACAAAUGAGGACAUUGCUGAGGAUGAAGUAGACCAUUUGUUUGGAGCUGCAGACGAUGAUGGAGAUGACUUGCUGUCAUUCCUGGAGAUCCUCGAUCAUCAUGACGUGUUCGUAGGUUCUGAAGCCACAGACUAUGGUGACCACCUUCAUAAUCUUGACCGCUUUGAGGACGAGUUGUGAGACAAUGAGAAUUGCUUUUUUAUUACGGUAUUAAUUCUGUUGUGGGAAGUUAGAGGUAGUGUAAUAGUACAUUAGAGAAGUUAAGAUUUGAACUGUCGUAAAGAACGUGUAUUGUGUUUGUCAUACAGUACAUUACAAAUAAGCACUAACUGCUCAAUUGCAAAUAUGUCAAGAAUUCACAAUUAAUCAACUAAUGAGUUGAAACGAGUCAACAUUUUGGUCUGUUCUGGAUCAUUAUCAGGCCAGAAGUGAAGUCAGGUGAAGGGAGUGUUAGUGUUUUCCUUGUAUUGUGUUGUUUCUUAGCUAUAAAGGCAUUAGGUAACAUACACAAGACAUAGAGAAGUGCUUGUGACUGGUGUAGCUUGCAUCAUCACCCACUACCUCAAGGCUUUGUCAUCCUUUCUCACAUUGGUAAUGGAUUUUUAGUUUAAUUUUCAACAGAUGUCCUCCAGUAUUUUUCACUGUUUCUUAAUAAAUAUUGUGAGAGAAAACAUUGGAAAAGCCAACAUUAGUAACUUUAUUAAUAAGUUAGCAUAAGCUGAUGUGUAAUUUUUUAAAGAUUACAAGAGAAAUAAACUAAAAUAAUCUUUGUCAACACACCGGCCGUAUCCCACAGAGGCGGGGUGGCCCGAAAGGAAAAACACAAGCUUCUCCUUUUACAUUUAGUAAUAUAUACAGGAGAAGGGGUUACUAGACCCUUGCUUCUGGUAUUUUAGUUGCCUCUUACAACACGCAUGGCUUACGAAGGAAGAAUUCUGUUCCACUUCUCCAUGGAGGUAAGAGGAAAUAAACAAGAACAAGAACUAGUAAGAAAAUAGGAGAAAACCCAGAGGGGUGUGUAUAUAUAUGCUUGUACAUGUAUGUGUAGUGUGACCUAAGUGUAAGUAGAAGUAGCAAGAUGUGCCUGAAACCUUGCAUGUUUAUGAGACAGAAAAAUGGACACCAGCAAUCCUACCAUCAUGUAAAACAAUUACAGGCUUUCGUUUUACACUCACUUGGCAGGACGGUAGUACCUUCCUGGGCGGUUGCUGUCUACCAACCUACUACCUAUAAAACUAAAAUAAUAUCUUUGGAAAUUAAUUACUUUGUUUUAGUACUGUUGUCAUAAUGAUUCACAUACAUUUAUGUAUGUAAUGAAAUGCAAGUUUUCAGAGUUGUCGUUUUACCAACUACCGUUGAUAUUUUUUUUUUUUUUUUUUUUUUUUUAUUAUUAUAACAAGUCGGCCGUCUCUCACCGAGGCAGGGUGACCCAAAAAAGAAAAUUCCCAAAAAGAAAAUACUUUCAUCAUCAUUCAAAUCUUUCACCUUACUCACACAUAAAUCACUGUUGAGAUGGAUUCAUUUUCACUUUAAUUUCUUCAAUUAUUUUCUUGUAUUAAUGUUGGUAAAAUAACUGACAAUAUGUAAAGUAAAAGGACAAAAGUGCAACUAAUGUGACAUUUUAUUGUGGCAAUGUUUCGCUCUGAGAGCUUUAUCAAACAGUUACAAACAAGACAUGGACACAGAGGGUAUAUAUAGGCU